GCCUUUCUCUAACUAUAAAAAUCACUUGUCUAAGGUGUUACUUGUUUUGCUUCUAAAAAUUUCAUUGCAUUUCCCACAAAAUUCCGGAGUUCCGGAUACAGAACUAAAUUUUCCUCCAACUACAAUAUUUUCUAAAUUUGAUUUUCAUUCAACUGUAUUCAAAAUGGUAAAUGCCGGCUGUGUUGCACGAUUGCUAAGCAAUUUUCAUAUUAGCACCAAUCAAUGGGUGAAAACAGUCAAUCCAGGGUGGUAUGAAAAGCGAGAAUUACCCAAAACUGUGCUGAUAAAAAAAGAAUCUCUUUCUCUAAUGACUAAAGUUAAGAGUCCACGCAGAUUAGAGAUUAAAAACAAGAGAAAGUUCGUGCAAAAGAUGCGCUUUGGAAAGAAUCCCUAUCAUUUGCGAAAGUCCUUGAAGUAAAUGUAAUGGGAAAAAAAUAACAACAGAAUGCAGAAAAAAAAGAUCAUGGAUUCCUAGCUGGUAUUGUGGUGGAAAUACGUGUUAUUAUUCUAAAUUCUAGAUAAAUAUAAAAUUGGUGUAUGUAUGUA